AUGAAAGAAAUCGAUGCUGAAAUAGAUCGCAUACUUAAAGCUUUGAGACAUCAUUCAAAUUACCUCUUACGCCUUAAAGAUGAGCGGAAGGAUCAAUUAGUCCUCAGUAUGUACUAUCCCCAUCAAGCGAUUCUCAUUAAACUGAAUAUUCCCGAGGGGUACCCAACAGUGCCUCCUACUCGGGAGUUGGACAAUGGGAAUUUUGUUAUUCAUAACUUUGAAGAUGCCUUGGGAGUUGUGCCCAAAACGGAUUUAACUGUGACAAGAUUAUUUCUGAGAAUUGUACACAAUUUAAGCAAGUGCUUUAAAACCCAAAUUCCUCCUCUCAUGAGAGCUCUUGAUCCGAAUUUUAUCAAAGAAUUAGAUGAUCAAAAUUAG